GCUGAGGGGUUCUUUUGCCGGUGGACUAGAAACUCCCGCCAUUUCGACAGGGAAUUAACCUCUUGUUUGAUUGGGGAUACUUUCUUGUGACACUUGCGAAUAUUGUUUAUUGAUAAAACAAAACCUCGACAGCACAGCUCAUCAGCAAAAAAAGAUCAGCUCUAGUUUAAAAGUAUUUUGUUAGGACUGUAAAACUGCAGCCGAAUUGAGCUCUGGCUGUUGCCGCGAGUUUGAUUUCGGUGUGGCUCUCAUCCUUUCGUGUUCACCUGGAGGAACUAAAAGUUUACCAACUAACCCGUCGGAGCAAAGCUUUAAUACCUUUUACUUCCCGGAAUUCUGGUUAAAACCAGCGAGUCUCCGCAGCUGCAGAAGCGGAGAAUGUUGCGAUGAGGCCAUCGGUGAGAAGCGCACUGUUAUUGUUUUGCAACCAGAUAGAGAUCCAGACUGCUAGCUGAUUAACUAGCUUCGGCACGCUCAGAGCCGGGGCCUGCCGGCUGUAACGCGAGACGUGCUAUCGCUCGGUACAUAUAUUACCGACGCUUGGAUACAUGCUAAGGACUAUCACGGAGUAAGGUUGUGCUAGUUUGUUGCCAGAAAGUCACGUUCAGCCUCUGGCACCCGUGCCGUCUUUGGAUCUGCCAUGGCACCGCUUCUGGGCCGGAAACCGUACCCGCUGGCUAAGCCGCUAGCCGAGCCACCAGGCCCGGGAGAAGAGGUCUACAUCAUCGAGCAUACCAAGGAGGCCUUCAGGAACAAAGAAGAGUAUGAGGCACGCCUGCAGAGGUAUGAUGAACGCAUCUGGACAUGCAAGAGCACAGGAAGCCUCCAGCUUACUCACAAAGAGGCCUGGGAGGAGGAACAAGAAGUCACAGAGCUGCUUCAGGAGGAGUACCCUCUGUGGUUUGAGAAGCCAGUCCUUGAGAUGGUCCACCACAACACGGUGUCCUUAGACAAACUGGUGGAGAUGGCCUGGGUGGAAAUCCUCACCAAGUAUGCUGUUGGUGAAGAGUGUGACUUUCUGGUGGGAAAAGACCAAAGUUUGCGAGUAAAAGUGAUCAAGAUUCACCCCUUGGCGACUUCAGAGGGUGAGUCGGGUGAGAAGAAGCUUGAAGGUGCCUGUGACUCCCCUUCCAGCGACAAGGAGAACGCAAGCCAGGAGAACCAGAGGAAGGAGCCCCCGUCUCGAGAGGAGGAGAACAGAAGGGAGAGUCUGAGUGACAGAGCGCGGCGUUCUCCGAGGAAAGCUACCACUGCCAUGAAGGAAGAGAAGAGGAGAUGGGUCAUGCCCAAAUUCCUUCCUCAUAAGUAUGACGUGAAGCUCAUCAAUGAGGAUAAGGUGAUCAGCGAUGUCCCAGCAGAGAGUCUCUAUAGAACAGAGCGACCUCCAACCAAGGAGAUCAUGCGCUACUUCAUCAGACAUUACGCCCUGAGGCUGGGCAAAGGAGAAAGUGCCCCCUGGGUGGUCGAAGAUGACCUGGUGAAAAAAUACAACCUGCCCAGUAAAUUCAGCGACUUCCUCCUUGAUCCACAAAAGUUCUUGGCAGGAAACCCGUCCACGAAGCGUAAAAGCUUGACUUCUCCUGAAGGCAAACCUAGCAAGAAGGUGAAAACCGGUGACACUCCUGGAGAGGAUUCAGGAAAUGAGAAGGGAGAGAAGAAGAAGAAAAAGAAGAAAGAAGGAUUGCCUCUUAGUCCCACCAUAUGGGGUCACAUGCAGAAGAUGAAGAUGAAUGGUUCCCCCCUCAAGGUAAAGAACUCUGGAACUCCUAAGAAAGGAGACGGAAAAGGCUCUGCUCCCUCCACUCCAAGGUCUGGCAAGAAGACCGGUGACAAAAAAGAUGGGAAGAAAGGCGGAAAGGGUGUCGAUAAGAAACUUGAUGUUCUAAAAUCUUCUAAAAAAGAUGGAAAAACUGGUGAUAAAACACCAAAAAUGAAGCAGAUGACUCUGUUGCAGCUGGCUAAGGGAACCCCUGCAGGGAGUCCUAAGAAGCGGGCUCGCAGCUCCAGCCUGGGCACACCCAAACUUGGAAAGCCGCUGCACCCCAUGGCGUUGCACCUCGUCCGCUACUACAAGGAGCACAAGGGAAAAGAGGAUAAGAAAACGUCCCUCUCUUCCCUCAUAACCAAAGCUGCCAAGACGUUAUCCACCGAAGACCGCGGGCGUCUGCCGGACGAGCUGAAGGAGCUGGUUCAGAAGCGCUGGGAGCUGCUGGAGCAGAAGAAGAGAUGGGCAGCCAUGAGUGAAGAAGAGAAGAACGAGGAGAUGAAGAGGAGGCGUGCUGAACUCAAAGAGAAACUGAGAGAAAAGGCAAAGGAGAAGCGCAAGCAGGAGAUGUUGGUCCGCCAGGAGCAGUCGCGUAGAUAUGAGGACCAGGAGAUCGAAGGUGGCAAAGCGCUGCCGACGUUCAAGCUGGUGGACAUGCCCGAAGGCCUGCCCAACACGCUGUUCGGCAGCGUCGCCAUGGUGGUGGAAUUCCUCCACUGCUAUGCCGGGCUGCUGAUGCCUGAGGAUCAGUAUCCGAUCACAGCAGUGGCGCUGAUGGAGGCGCUGGCCGGGGAGCGCUCCGGCUUCCACUACCUGAACCGCGUGCUGGUGGUGCUGCUGCAGACGCUGCUGCAGGACGAGCUGGCCGAGGGCUACAGCGAGCUGGACAUGUCCCUGUCGGAGAUCCCGCUCACCAUGCACUCGGCGUCGGAGCUGACGCGCCUGUGCCUGCGGCCAUGCGACGCGCACGACGAGAGCGGCCAGGGCUCGGAGGACUCGGGCGCGGUUGGCGGCUACGACGACGUGGUGAGCAGCGAGUUCCUGGAGAAGCUGGAGACGGUGGAGGUGUUCGAGCUGAGCCCGGAGGAGAAGGUGGACCUGCUGGUGGCGCUGUGUCACCGCAUCCUCAUGACCUACUCGGUGGAGGACCACGUGGACUCCAUGCAGCAGCGCUCGGCGGAGCUGUGGAAGGAGCGCCUGGCCAUGUUGAAGGAGGUCAACGACCGCAAGAAGGCAGAGAAGAAGAUGAAGAAGGAGAUGGAGAGCAAAGGUGGGGUCAGUCCCGGUUGUGUCUCGGGAUCAUCUGACACGUUAAGAUAUUUACCAACUUUUACGUUUUCUUGGCUCAAAGGUGAGAAGAAAAAGGAGGGAGCAGCUAAAAAGGAGAGCAAGAAGGAAGUGAAGGUGGAGCCGGAGCCGGAACCUGAGGACCUGAUCAGCCUGGUGAAGAGCCGGCGGCUGAUGGCCAUGCAGGCCAAGAAGGAGAAGGAGGAGCUGGACCGGCAGAACAAAGAGCGGAUGGAGAAGGAGGCCGAGGAGGAGCGGCUGCGGAAGCAAAAAGCCGCAGCAGAGCGCGCCUUCCAGGACGGCAUAACCAAAGCCAGACUGGUGAUGCGCAGGACUCCGCUCGGCACCGACAGAAACCACAACAGAUACUGGCUUUUCUCCGACGUGGUUCCCGGGCUGUACGUUGAGAAGGGUUGGGUUCACGACGGCAUCGACUACAGCUUCACUCCUCCGCCCGAGGAGAAAGCGGCCGAGCCAGAGUUGGAGGAAGAGGAGGAAGAAGGCAGCGAGGCAGCUUCAGUUCCCGACUCACAACCCGAUUCACAAGGUAGAGAAGCUGAAAAAGACGACGUGAGCGUUGACGGAGCUGCAAGUGAAGGAGUCCAGCAGGGGGCAGCACCAGACGUCUGCAUUGAAACUACAAUUCCCAAACAGGGACAGAAUCUUUGGUUUGUCAUCGACAACCCGGCUGAGCUGGAGGAGCUGGUGGAAAGUCUUCAUCCUCAGGGAGUCCGAGAGAGCGAGCUGAAGCUAAAGAUCCAAAGCAGGUACCAGGACAUCCUACACUCCAUCUAUUUGAGUCGCAAAUCCAAACUGGGACUCAGGAGCUGCGACGGCUACGCCGAGCUGCUCAAAUACAUGCGCAGCGACAUCCAGGAGAUAGCCUCCAGGCUGCAAAAGGGAGGACUGGGCUACCUGGAUGACAACGUAGAUAUAGAAGAGCAGCUGAAAGACAUGGAUAGCUUGAAGGACUUUGGUGAGUGCAUCAUCACGCUUCAGGCCUGUGUCAUCAAGAAGUUCCUGCAGGGCUUCAUGGCUCCCAAACAGAAGAAGAAGAAGAAACAAGCAGGGGAAGAAAGCAGCAAGGCCGAGGAGGUGGACGAGGAGAAGAAACUAGCAGAAGAAGCCAGGGUAGCCACAGCGGUAGAGAAGUGGAAGUCGGCCAUCAGGGAGGCGCUGACCUUCUCCCGGAUGCAUGUUUUGCUGGGAAUGUUGGACGCCUGCAUAAAGUGGGACAUGUCUGCCGAGAACGCUCGCUGCAAAGUCUGUCGCAGGAAAGGUGAUGAUGAGAAGCUCAUCCUGUGUGACGAGUGCAACAAGGCCUUCCAUCUGUUCUGCCUGCGACCGGCUCUGUACCGCAUCCCUGCUGGGGAGUGGCUGUGUCCGGCCUGCCAGCCCACCGUGGCCAGGAGGGGCUCGCGCUCAAGGAAUUAUAAACAAGACACCGACGAAGAGGAGAGUGAGGAGGAGUCUGAAGAGGAAUGCUCUGAAGACGAUGACGAGGAUGAGGAAGAAAAUGACUACAAAGCCAUGGGGCACAGCUUGAGGCCGAGGAAGAAAAACAAGCAGUCUUCAUCACGACAGAAGAGCUCUAAAAGUAAAGCCAAGAAGGUGUCCAGCAGGCAGAGCAGCAAGCAGAGAGCCGGGCCCAGCAGCCCCGCAGACAUCGACGAACUGGUGAGGCAAAGUACCCAGACGGGGAUCAGCAAGCAGGCGCUGGAGCUGGAGAGGUGUGAGGAGAUCCUGAAGAAGCUGAUGAAGUUCCGCUACAGCUGGCCCUUCAGGGACCCCGUUUCCCUGGACGAGGCCGAGGACUACCUGGACAUCAUCUCGGAGCCCAUGGACUUCCAGACGAUGCUGGGGAAGUUCGGCCAGGGCUCGUACCGACACGCCCAGGACUUCCUGGAGGACAUGAAGCUGGUGUUCUCCAACGCGGAGGAGUACAACCAGCAGGGCAGCACGGUGCUCUCCUGCAUGGGCAAGACGGAGCAGACGCUCACCGAGCUCAUCCAGAAGCUGCUCCCCGGAAUCAGCUACCUCCGCCGGCGCUCCCGCAAGCGCGUCAACCAAGCUCCUCCUUCAUCUGAGGAGGAGGAAGAAGAGGAGGAGGAGGGUGAUGACGAUGAAGGGGACUGCGAAGAGCAGGAAGAGGAACCCAAGAAGAAGAUGCAGAAUGGCAAAUCGAACCAGAAGACGGGCAGGAACGUUCGGGGCCGGAAAGAGGAGAGCGAGAGCGAGGCGGACAGCGAGGAGGAGAGCAGCAGGAGGAGGAAGAGCAAGAGGACCUCUGGCGCCUCCGGCAGGAAGGAUUACAGGGAGCUGGACAGCGACGGGGAGCAGGGCACGAGGAGAACUCGUCUGCGGGGGGGGCGGGGCGACGCCAGCAGCGACGAGGAGCAGCCCAGCCAUCAGCAGCGACAUUCCAAGAGACUGAAACGCUCGUGAAGAACCCAGGGUGUCUUCUCUCCAUCAUAAUCUCUGGACCACUGGCUCUCCUCCUCCUCCUCCUCCUCUUCCCACACAACCAGCAGGACUCAGAUUUCAGAAGGACUGGUUUUUGGUUAACAAAUUUAUGUUCACAUUUUGGAAAACAAACAAAACUGAUUUAUAUUUGUAACAUUUUUGAUAUCAAUGAUGUUUUUUGUUUGUUUUUUUUGUCCCAACCAAGAAAAAUGAACCUUUUACGAUAAAUACUUUUUCUCAUGGCUCUUAGGAUUUAUAUUUCAGUUUGCCGUCGACAUCAUCACACUAUCCUGACGCUUUGUCGCCAGGCCGUCUCUUUGCUGACCUUUUUUUUUUGUCCUGGAUGGGUAAUUUAUAGCUGCCAAGAUGUUUUAAUUUCAUUUCUGCCGAUAUACUCCUGGUCAGGAAUUUCAGCUGGGUUGAGUUUCAGAUUGCAGAUUAUCUUCAGGAACCAGAGCGGCUCAUAGAGCCUCUUGUCUGUAGUGCCCUGCCACUUUAAAACACCUCAGAUGAUCCUCCUGUUUGUACUCCUCCUUUGUAAAAGUAACGUCACCGGGCGUAAAUAAAAUUGUGUGCUUAAUCAUUUCUAUACAGUAUUUAAGACCAGUGUCUUUUUUUUAAAUUUUUUUAAAACAAUUUUCUUUUUGGGCACAUUUUAUUUGAUAUUGUAAAUGAAAACCUGUCCAAUAAAUGCAAAGAGAACAAGUCUCAGCAGAAAUGACCAUUUUUACCUUUUGUAACCAACGUACAACUCAGUUUAAAUUAAAAUUGACGCCAUGUUCCAGAAAAUGUCUCGGUGUUGUCACCAGGGGGCGCUCUGCCUCUCCGUUUAAUCCUCCAAUCGCUGCUGCAGAAUUUACUGGUGGAUUAAAAAUAUUUCAUUUAAACAUCUGUCUUUGUAUCAGCAGCCAUUCGACAUAGAAAGUCAAUGUAAAUCAGAUUUUUUUUUUUAUUAAUCCCCAAUGUGUAUAUAUUUAUAUAUUUGUGUAUACCGAUAAGGCAAUGGUUCAUAUUCCCCUCUUUUCCUGUCCGUACUGUGAGAUGCUGUGUUUUACUAGUGCUGUUAACAUCCAAACUUUCUAGUCACAAGUUUUUGCCCAACCUGUUUCUGUUCAGCUUGGUUUUGCUCACCCAGUAGGCUGUUUUUAAUAAUAAUAAAAAAAUAAAAAAUAAUCUCCCUGAGAUGUCAGCGAACAAACAAAAGGCGACUGGACCCUCUCUGAGGGAAAUCUUGUUUGUAGAUGCUUUCCUUAUUCUUGGAGGACCUGCAAAAGGCUUUUACAUUUAAUUUUUUAAAUAUAUAUAUAUAUUUAUAGUCUAUAGCUGGGUUGGAGCUGGCUGGAGGUUUCUCGUGUAAAGGAUAAAGGCCAGAGACCAUGGCUCUCCCUGAUUUUAUUUAGGCAGAGCUGAGGCCCGGUGUCAGGUCGGUCUGACAGAAAUCACUGCCAUCAUGAGAUAAUGGACUGGGGAGAAGAACGGGCCAGCCUUGAUGGCUGAACUAUGUCUUUACUUUUUAAUAAAAGAUUAAAACAUU